AUGACCCCAGCACGCAGUCUUCCGGUCAAACUGGACGCGGCAGACUUAUCAAACUUUAGGAUCACUGGGGACAACUUUCCCCAAUGUAAAACUUCAUGGACUGCUGCUUUCAAGGUCUCCGGCCUCUGGACCCUCGUCAAGGGUGACCGCACAGACGGAGACAGCUUCGAAGAGGACGAUGCCAAAGCCCUCAUGUAUCUCAUCUCUGCUGUAGAUGGAGACCUGCUUCCCCUGGUUACAUCCGAGGAUACUGCAGCAGAGCUCUGGACAAAGCUCUCUAAGCGCUGCUCCCAUUCUAACCCGGAACUGGCUCGUGCCCUCAAUCCGAUGACAAGAUCAGACACCAUCAAAAGUUCUUUCUUCCUGACCACACUACCUGAUUCGAUGGACACCAUCAUCGACAACCUGUCAACAAGCGGGAGAAACACCUUCCAGGACAUCGAGUCCAAGAUGCUUGACAUUGCCUCCCGCACUCAGGACGACCAGUCCCAAGCAGGAUAUUACACGAACACCGCUCGGAAGGCAAGCGGCAACAACCCCAAACUUGGACCCCAGUCAAACCCAUCCAGAUCAUCCAUUGUUUCUAGCCUCUCCUUUUGA